AAAAUUUGGUGGACAAAGUUGUUGCGAAUGUAAAUAUCGUAUUGUCAUGUAUGACGUAGUAGAAUAAUCUUGUGAGAAGAAACGUCAAAAUUUUUGUGUGUCAUAUUGUUUUACGAUCGUCUUCUGUUUAACAUCUGUGUUGGUGAUCAUUUGUUAUGUUUGUGGUUUAGGUUAGAGCUAGUGCAUUACAGCGUGCGUAAAUAGGAACUUCCGGAGAUACAUUUCUUGAGAGGUGUGUAGUUCCAAGAGAGAUGUCCACAUAGUUUUAUUUUUGUUAAAAUGGGUGAUAAAAAUGAGUUCCUGAAAAUGGCUUUCGUUGUGGACGACCUUCCAGAAAACUUUGAUCCUUCUGCAGAUCCAAGUGAUGGGCUGGAGUAUUUGCAGCAGGUUCGUUGGGAAGCUUCGAAAUGCGACGACGUUGUGACUGCGGUUAUUGAUAAGGCGAAACUGAAAAACAGAGCUGUUGUCAAUAUAUUGCCUGAGUGUAAGAAGGUCCCUCGGCAAUUCUUGCCUGAUUUAGAAUGGCAACAACAACAAAUUGCAAAAUUUUCAGCCCUGAGGCAGAAGAUGUCAAAAUACAGGAAGAGAAAACCACCACAAGGAAGUGCCAUGAAAGUACCACAAAUAGGCGACGAGAAAGCCUGGUACGAUGUUUGUGUAGAAUACAAAACACCCCCGUUGGUGAGUGUCGUUUUGCCACUGCCUCAACGUUUGGUGGAGUGGCUGCUGCAGUGUAAUGCGGAAUGGCUGUCGAAUUCGGAACGACUGACCCAGUAUCAAGGACGGUGGAUAUAUGCUUUAAUGGCAUGCUUGGAGUUACCAGUCACCCCAGAAAGUUGUAGCAGUCUUCGCACGUUAGCACGGGAAUGUGCAAGAAUUCGUGCUUAUGAAGUAUCAAAUGCGGAAGAGCCCGUAGUAAUACCAUUAAAUCUGUUAAUCUGUUUAGUUGCCAACUAUUUCCGUCAAAUGGAUCUUGCAGACAUAGUAAGCGAAUGAUGUUUACUAUAACUUGCACACAUUUCUAAAACUUCAGUGAAAGAAAUCUGCGUAAACAAAGAUGCGAGUGUGUUUCUCAUACAAAUCUACGAUGACCUGCGUGGCACGUGAAUGUGUUUGUAGAUCUGGACGUUUUUCUAUUAGUAUUAAUCAGGUUCACAACCAUGAGUAGUCGGUAGUGUUGGUUUGUUACGAAUUGAAUUCUAAAAGGAGGCGCACUCUUUGUACUCACGAAGUGUGAUUCAGACUAAAACAUAUGACAUCCGGAGUUUAGUAGUAGUUAUUUAUAAAGACAACAAUUUUAAAGACUGAACUGCCGUAAAAUAUUAAAAUGCAGUGUCAAAUGUCAAAUAUCAUUAUUAAUUUAAUCGAUCAACGAAGUUACUUUUCAAUAAUUUGUUGUUGUGAUUGAUUUCAUAUAAUAAGGCAAUGCAACUUAUUGUAAUGUAAUGCAUUUGAUGACCCAAUUUCACCAUGUCAAGAAUGCCUAAAGUUAAAAUGUUAGGAGAGACAGCCCUCAUGUUAAAAAGUAAAUGAAUAUUAUGGUGUUUGUGGAUUCUCCAUGUAACCAUGUAUGCUGUUUUAUGUCCAGCAUAAUAUAUUUUCUUCUAAAAGGAA